GUAUUUGACUGAUUUUUGUGCUUUUAGGGUAAAGAAGUUGCAACAGAUGUAAGACUGCUGCCUCAAGGAACUGUCAUCUUUGAAGAUAUCAGCAUAGAACACUUUGAAGGAACUGUAACCAAAGUAAUUCCAAAAGUACCCAGCAAAAACCAGAAUGAUCCAUUACCUGGCCGCAUCAAAGUUGAUUUUGUGAUUCCUAAAGAACUUCCAUUUGGAGACAAAGAUACAAAAUCCAAGGUGACUUUGCUGGAAAGUGACCACGUUCGAUUCAAUAUUUCAACAGACAGACGUGACAAACUGGAACGAGCCACCAAUAUUGAGGUUCUCCCCAAUACUUUCCAGUUUACUAAUGAAACUAGGGAAAUGGGAGUAAUUGCUGCGAUGAGAGAUGGCUUUGGCUUCAUUAAGUGUGUUGACAGGGAUGCUCGCAUGUUCUUUCACUUCAGUGAAAUUAUGGAUGGAAACCAACUCCAUAUUUCUGAUGAAGUAGAGUUUACUGUGGUUCCUGAUAUGCUGUCUGCCCAAAGAAAUCAUGCUAUAAGGAUUAAAAAACUUCCAAAAGGCACAGUUUCUUUCCACACCCAAUCAGAUCACCGUUUUGUGGGCACUAUAGACAAAGAAGCCACUCCAGCCAAAGCCAGUAGCCCAAAUAAAGGCAAAGAGAAGGAAGCUGAAGAUGGAAUAAUUGUUUAUGAUGACUGUGGAGUAAAACUGACCAUUCCUUACCAGGCCAAGGAUGUGGAAGGAUCUGCUAAUCCCCAGAUAGGAGAUAAGGUUGAGUUCAGUGUUUGUGAAGUGAAGAGAACUGGUCUGCAAACAGCAGUUUCUGUCAGAAUGCUUGGACGCAAUUACAGUUCCAAGAGACUUUUGGGAUAUGUGGCAGCCCUGAAAGAUAACUUUGGGUUUAUUGAAACAGCCAAUCAUGAUAAGGAGAUCUUCUUCCACUACAGUGAGUACUGUGGUGAUAUUGAUAGCCUGGAACUUGGAGACACAGUUGAAUACAGCUUGUCGAAAGGCAAAGGAAACAAAGUUAGUGCAGAAAAGGUGAACAAAACACAUGCAGUGAAUGGUAUCACUGAAGAAGCUGACCCAACUGUUUACUCUGGUAAAGUAAUUCGUCCUUUGCGGAGCGUAGAUCCAACACAGACUGAAUACCAGGGCAUGAUUGAAGUCAUGGAGGAUGGUGAAAUGAAAGGAGAAUUCUAUCCAUUUGGAAUUGUUGGAAUGGCAAACAAAGGUGACUGUCUGCAGAAGGGAGAGACAGUAAAGUUCCAGCUGUGUGUUCUUGGUCAGAAUGGGCAGACAAUGGCUGUCAACAUCACACCGUUCCGCAGAGCCACUGUGGAAUGUGUGAAAGACCAGUUUGGUUUCAUUAACUAUGAAGUGGGUGACAGCAAAAAGCUCUUCUUCCAUGUCAAAGAAGUACAGGAUGGUGUGGAACUACAAGCUGGGGAUGAAGUGGAGUUCUCAGUAAUUCUGAACCAGCGCACAGGGAAAUGCAGUGCCUGUAACGUGUGGCGUGUCUGUGAAGGCGCUAAGGCUGUUGCUGCUCCACGUCCAGAUAGACUUGUUAAUCGUUUAAAGAACAUUAAUCUGGAUGAUGCCAAUGCUCCUCGUCUAACAGUUCUUCGUCAGCCCAGGGGACCGGAUAACUCAAAGGGAUUUGGUGCAGAGAGAAAGAUCCGUCAAGCUGGUGUUAUAGACUGAUCAACAAAGCCAAUGCCUGAAGGAUGAAAAGUGGUGGGGGCUGAUGAAGGGUACUGAAUAUCUCCCUAUUCAUCCCUUCCAAAUUUUAAGAAGCUAUUACACCAGUUUUAACACCUUCUCAUGUUAUGUUUAAAAUAAAUUUAUGAAACCAUUUUAAAAUUAUGCACAGUUGCAUUCUGGAGAACUUCAGGUGGCGCCUUAUAGUAUCACAUUUUAGAAGCUUGUUUUGAAUGGUGCAUUUAACGCAACUGGUAACUGCAAAUCUACAUUGCCUAUGUGAGUAAACAUUAUAGACAGCUCUACUCUGGUAGACCUUAUGGAAUUCUGCACUACAUUUACCUAUGCUUUCUUUGUUACCUUGGCCAAGGUAUUUUACUAUGCCUUAGUACUCAGUUGCGUUACGUCUUUCCUUCGAAGUGGAUGUGGAAAGCUCACUUCUGCUCACUCUGCUCAAAUUCUGAGGACCAUAGGAGGGUGGAGACUAAGUUCAGUUUGAUAGAAAAUCUGUAUGAACAUUCAGAUGACUUAAGAUGAUGGCUAGAUGUUACUUUGUUUUCAUAUUUCGUUUAAUUUUGAAUCCUUUAGCCAGCGAAGUUGUGUUAGAGCUCAGUGAAAGUCUCUUUCUGGGGUAGACAUUUUUUGUAGUGUUCUGAAAUGCCUGCAGUGCAGAAUUUCAUAAGGCUGAGGCGUGCCAUCAGUGUGGUAAUUUAAAUAUAUUUAAAACAAUGCACAAGUUUGCUGCUGCUUAGAACACUGCAGCUUCUAAACCCAGUUUCUUUUACUGAUUUAAAUUUACAAAGAAAGAAAUUGUGCCUGAAGUGAAUCCAUUUUUUUUUCUUUGCAGCCGGCACCCAGUGUACUGUAAAAGAAUAAAUACUUAGGCUUUCCAUAGCUGUAUUGAAACUUUCAUCAAGGUGAAAUAGUUGAUGUCUGUGUGCUUCCCUCCCCCUUCCCUCCCCGCCUCCUUUCCCCUUCCCCCGUUUCCCCAGUCACACUUUAUCAAGCAAGAAAACUGAAUGAUUGGUCUAAGUAUUACUUUACCAAAAAAGAUCAGGAGUUCCUUUCUUUGAAUAGAGGGCAGUACUGUGGUUUUUUUUUUUUGUUUUGUUUUCAUGUUACCUCUAUUCUCAAUUUAGGGUUUUCUUCUCUGGGAGAUGCAUUAUCUUUGUAAAACAAACAUUGCUUUCUCCAAUUUUUUCUGUUAAUGGCAAAGAAUGGAAAUAGAAUAAAGUUUUACUGAUUUUGAACAAC